CUGCCCUGUUCCUCCCUCGCCCCAGGGCUCUCUAUCUCCAGUUUUCAAGCAGGAAUCCCUCACAUCCGCAGCCAUGGCAGCCGCCGCUGCAUCAGCAGCUGCCCUUGAUCAGGACAACAGCACCAAAAAUACCAUGAAGCUCGAAAAUACCGAGAAGAGAGAUACCCUCAUCGCCAUCGAGAAGAAGUACCAGGCGCAAUGGAAGGAAAACAAGGCUUUUGAGGUCGAUGCUCCCUCCUUCUCGGAGGUGCCUUUCGGCAGCAUGUCCGCCGCGGAGCUCCGUGAGAAGCACCCCAAGUUCUUCGGAACCAUGGCCUACCCCUACAUGAACGGUACCCUGCACGCAGGCCACAGUUUCACUGCCAGUAAGGUCGAGUUCAUGACGGGUGUGGCCCGCAUGGAGGGUAAGAGGGCUCUUUUCCCUCUGGGAUUCCACUGCACCGGUAUGCCCAUCAAGGCCUGUGCGGAUAAGCUCCGGGACGAGGUCAAGAAGUUUGGACAGAACUUCGAGGGCUACAGCGAGGAGACUGAGGAGCAGGACCAGACUUCCGUCGCCGCCCCGACGCAGGAGGUCAAGGCCCAGCAGGAGAAGUUCUCCGGAAAGAAGAGCAAGGCCGCUGCCAAGACGGUGAAGAUGAAGUACCAGUUCCAGAUCAUGCUGGCCAUUGGCCUUCCCAUUGAGGAGAUCCACAAGUUUGCCGACGCCUCUCACUGGCUCCAGCAUUUCCCUCCUCUCGCCAUCCGCGAUCUCGACAGCCUGGGUGCUCGGGUGGACUGGCGCAGACAGUUCGUCACCACUGACGCCAACCCCUACUAUGACGCCUUUGUGCGCUGGCAGAUGAACCGCCUUCACGAGCUCGGCAAGAUCAUGUACGGUAACCGGUACACCAUCUAUUCUCCCAAGGACGGACAACCCUGCAUGGACCACGACCGGACUGAGGGUGAGGGUAUCGGACCCCAGGAAUAUACCGCCAUGAAGCUCAAGGUCAAGGAAUGGGCCCCUGAAAUUGCCGAGCUGGUCAAGGGUAAGGUUGAGGAGGAUGCCAGCGUCUACUUUGUCCCCGCCACUCUGCGUCCGGAGACCAUGUACGGACAGACUUGCUGCUUCCUCGGCCCGAAGAUCACCUACGGUCUCUACAAGACCAAGGAGAAGGAGUACGUUGUCGUCACGAAGAGGGGUGCCUGGAACAUGGCCUUCCAGGGACAUUUCUUCGACAGCGAGCACUUCCCCAAGUCUCAGGAUGAGCUGCCCGUUGUCGUCGAGGCCCCUGGAUCCGCCUUUGUUGGUACUCUUGUCAACGCUCCUCUGUCUUUCCACUCUGAAGGUGUGCGCAUCCUUCCUAUGGAGGGUGUCUCGGCUAGCAAGGGUACCGGUGUUGUCACCUCUGUGCCCUCGGACAGCCCUGACGACUACGCCACUCUGCUCGAUCUCGCGAAGAAGCCCGAGUACUAUGGUAUUAAGAAGGAGUGGGCUGAGCUGGAGAUCUUCCCUCUGAUUGAGACCCCGACAUACGGAAACCUCACUGCUCCUGCGCUGGUCAAGCAGCUGAAGAUCAACUCUCCCAAGGAUGUGAACCAGCUUGCCCAGGCCAAGGAGCUGGCGUACGGUGAAGCUUUCUACAAGGGCACGAUGAUUGUGGGCGAAUACAAGGGCCAGCCUGUGAGCGCUGCGAAGGAGAAGAUCCGUCAGGCUCUUUACGACAGCGGAGAUGCUUUCCCCUUCGCGGACCCCAUGGGUAAGGUUGUCAGCCGCAGUGGCGACGACUGUGUGGUUGCCUACCUUGGCCAGUGGUUCCUGAACUACGGCGAGAACGAUGCUGAGUGGCAGAACACCACCCUCAACUACGUUGUUAACUCCCUGAACGCCUACUCGAACGAAACCAAGAACGGAUUUGAGAAGAACCUUUCUUGGCUCAACCGCUGGGCUUGCGCUAGAACCUACGGCCUGGGUUCGAAGCUGCCCUGGGACAAGCAGUUCCUCGUUGAGAGUCUGAGUGACAGUACCGUCUACAUGGCCUACUACACCAUCGCGCACUACCUGCACGGUGACCGCUACGGCAAGGAGACCGGUCUUCUGAACGUGAAGGCGGAGCAGAUGAUUGACGAGGUCUGGGACUACAUCUUCACCAGACGUGAGAUCAGCGAUGAGCUCAUCGAGAAGAGCGGCAUCAGCAAGGAUUCCCUGCAGAAGAUGCGCAGAGAGUUCGAGUACUGGUACCCUCUGGACGUCAGAGUGUCCGGUAAGGAUCUCAUCCAGAACCACUUGACCUUCUUCCUCUACAUCCACAUUGCCCUCUUCCCCGCGGAGUACUGGCCCCGUGGUGUCCGUGCCAACGGUCACUUGCUUCUGAACGGUGAGAAGAUGAGCAAGAGCACGGGUAACUUCCUUACCCUGAAGGAUGCCGUCGACAAGUUCGGUGCCGAUGCUACCCGUAUCGCCUUCGCCGAUGCUGGUGAUGGUAUCGAGGACGCCAACUUCGAGGAGACCGUUGCCAACAGCAACAUCCUGCGUCUCCACACGCUCAAGGAGUGGAUGGAGGAGACCGUCAAGGAUGAGACCCUGCGCACUGGACCCGCGGAUGCGUUCUGGGACAAGCUCUUCGACAACGAGCUCAACGGUCUGGUCCGGGAGACCAAGAAGAACUACCAGGACACCAACUUCAAGCUUGCCCUGAAGACGGCUCUGUACGACAUGGUCAGCGCCCGUGACUUCUACCGUGAGGCCACCACCACUGCCGGCGUGGGUAUGCACCGUGACGUGGUUCUCCGCUACAUCGAGCUGCAGGCUCUGAUGAUGGCCGUCAUCACUCCUCACUGGGCUGAGUACAUCUGGCUCGAGAUCCUGAACAAGCCCGAGAGUAUCCACCGCGCUCGCUUCCCCGAGGUGCCCGAGACCAGCCCCGAGCUGUCCGCCGCUCUGGACUACGCCCGCACGACCUCCUCCAGCAUCACCUCCGCGGAGGCGAUGUUCGUCAAGAAGCUCUCCAAGGGCAAGCAGAUGGCCUUCGACCCGCGCAAGCCCAAGAAGCUCACGAUCUACGCCGCGAAGAAGUACCCCUCGUGGCAGGAGAAGUACAUCGACCUGGUGCGUGACGCCUUCGACUCCAUGAGCAUCUCCUUCAACGACAAGGAGCUGAACGCCAAGGUCGGCAAGCUGGGCGAAAUGAAGAAGGCCAUGCCCUUUGUCCAGCGCCUGAAGAAGCGUCUCGUCGUCGACAAGGAGAGCCCCGAAGUCGUCUUCGAGCGCAAGCUGCCCUUCGACGAAUUCGCCGUCCUGCGCGAGAUGGUCGCCGCCAUCCAGCGCGUCACCGGCUGCAAGGAGCUCGAGAUCGUUGCCGUCGAUGAGGGUGGCAAGACCGGUGAGGUCCUGGGUUCGGGUGAGAAGCGCGAGGGGCUUUUCGCCGAGAAUGCCGUGCCCGGUCAGCCUACGUUUAACUUUGCCAACAUUGAGUAGAGAGAUUUACUAUACCACACCACUCGAGAUAGCGUGCAGUAGAUUAUGGGGAUGUAUUCAUCUUUUCUUUUCUUUUCUUUUUAGGAAUAAAAUAAGCAAUGUGAAUGAUUUACGUUAGAGAUUACG